CUAGUCUUGUUUACACCAAAGUGCUAUAAGUCGGAUAAGAUACUUCUUGUAGUGAUGGGAAUUAUUUCUGGUAGAAAUCAGGUACAAAUAUCUUUUACAGGUGGUUAAAAUCAACUUAUGAAUGUGUAAUCCUACUGACAUGAAUGCGGGAUUUCCUAGAGAUUACAAAUUUUAAUUUCUUAAUCUAUCAACUCCUUGUUUGGCCUUGAACGACGAAAUUAACGAAAAAGGCGGUUCGACAUCGUCUUUUGGGAAACAGAGGAUGAAGGAUUUCUUUUAUUUUUGUAUUGGUGUAUUUCUUUGCAAUUUCCGACUCUCCAACGGACAUUAUACUCAACAAUGGGCUGUGCAUAUCCAAGGAGGAAAGGACGUAGCUGACGAGGUAGCUAGAGACCAUGGUUUCGUAAAUCAUGGAGUGAUUUUCGAAGAUCAUUAUCAUUUUUCUCAUAAUGACGUAGCUAAAAGGUCGUUAAGGCCUAAUGUAGAUAAACGAGUUAAACUCGCUGUAGAUACUAGAGUUACCUGGUCAAAACAACAAAUAGCAAAAAGGAGAGUAAAAAGAGACUUAAAAGUACAAGAUAGUGAUCCAAAAUGGCCAUUCAUGUGGUAUCUAAAUCGAGGAGGGGGACUAGACAUGAACGUUAUUCCUGCCUGGAUAGAGGGAAUUACAGGAAAAGGGGCUGUUGUUACGAUAUUAGAUGAUGGUCUAGAAAAGGAUCAUCCUGACCUUGUACAAAAUUAUGAUCCAAUGGCUUCUUAUGACGUGAAUGGUCAAGACCCAGAUCCAAGCCCUCGUUACGACAUGAUCGAUUCGAAUAGACACGGCACCAGAUGUGCUGGUGAGGUAGCAGCUACCAGCAACAACUCUGUUUGUGCCCUAGGAGUUGCACACGGUGCCCAAGUCGGUGGCGUGCGGAUGUUGGAUGGUGAAGUAACAGACGCUGUUGAAGCUCGAUCUCUUAGCUUAAAUCCACAUCACAUCGAUGUAUACAGUGCUUCCUGGGGGCCUGACGAUGAUGGAAAGACUGUAGAUGGACCUGGAGCACUUGCAACAAGAGCUUUCAUCGAAGGUGUUACAAAGGGCCGUAACGGUAAAGGCUCAAUUUUUAUUUGGGCAUCCGGAAACGGCGGUAGAGACCACGACAACUGCAACUGCGAUGGUUAUACCAAUUCCAUAUACAGUUUGUCCAUUUCAAGUGUAACGGAACACGGGCAUGUUCCGUGGUACAGCGAAGCCUGUAGCUCUACUUUGGCCUCAACGUACAGUAGCGGAGCUAUGGGUGAAAAACAAGUAGUCACGACGGAUCUCCGCCAUUCGUGUACCAGCAGCCACACUGGUACGAGCGCAUCAGCACCUUUAGCAGCUGGAAUAUGUGCUCUAGCUUUGGAAGCAAAUCCGAACCUAACCUGGAGGGACAUGCAACAUAUCGUAGUGAGGACUGCAAGACCUCAAAAUUUGAUCGCUCCUGACUGGAAAGUAAAUGGAGUUGGUAGGCAUGUUUCUCAUAGCUUCGGAUAUGGAUUGAUGGAUGCCUAUGCUAUGGUUCAACUGGCCAGGAACUGGACCACUGUCCCAGAACAACAUAAAUGUGAAAUAACUGCUCAGCAAGUUCCAAAAGGGAUACCACCAAAAAGUAUGGUGAUUCUCCAACUUCAAGUGAAGGAAUGCGAAGGCGUAGAAAUCCUGGAGCACGUCCAAGCAAAACUGACAAUAUUUUCGCAACGAAGGGGCGAUUUGAACAUCCAGUUGACUUCUCCUCAAGGAACAAAAGUGGUACUGUUGGCACACAGGCCCCACGAUAAUUCCAGGGCAGGAUUUAACGAGUGGCCGUUCAUGUCAGUGCACUCUUGGGGUGAAUCACCGAUUGGAACUUGGCAGUUGGAGAUUCAUAAUGAUGGCCGAAUGUUGGGUGAUGUCCAAUAUUGGCAGCUAAGUUUAUAUGGUACUGCGACACCACCUGCAGCUGAUAAUCCAUCCACCGGCGAAAGUACCAACACCAUUCCUGACUCGUUCAGCGAAGAUAUCUUCCGCAAUUCUAUUUAUAACUCUGUGGAAGCUGGCGCUGAGAAUCGUAAGGAUGUCCUAGAAGUGGAAGAAAAGGAAGCGUCAGGUUGUGCAAAAACUAAAGGCAAUUUUUGUUUAGAUUGUUCUCCCAACUACGUGCUAUACAAAGGUUUUUGUAUAAACAGCUGCCAAGAAAAAUUCUACAACACAAUUUUAGAUUUCGACACCCCAGAAGAGAUAAAGCGAUACCUUAAAAAUCAAACCUGCACACCCUGUCAUUACACAUGUAAAUCCUGCAAAAGCUCUUUAGACACUGGUUGUUUAGAAUGUUACAGCGAUGCUGAGCUUGUGAUAUCAUCAUCAACAGAAUCAUAUUGUUAUCCCAUCCAUAUCGUCUCAGAAGUACUUUCAGAAAAGUGGUACUAUAGAAUGUUUAUAGUCAGCAUCAUAAUGCUAGCGUGUAGCAUUCCUGUGGCUAUUUACCUUUGCAUUAAGAGAAGAAAAGUAAGCCGUUAUAGAGACAAUGUAGUAAAUUACGACAAUAUUAGAAGAAUGGAAAAAAAUAUUAAAUCGAAUGUUUACAGCGAUGACAGUGAGUGAGAGACAAUUAUAAAAAAUACAUUGAAUAUUCUUUUAAACAAGAAUUUCAAUAUUAUAUUAUCACAACAACUACUAGACAGCUUAAUGUUUGCGUCAAGGCCAAUUAUGGUUGUAUCUACGUAAUUAUCCUGCUACCAAAUCGAGUAUUUUUAAUAGAAACAGUCUAAUUGUAAUUACGGUUGAUCAUUUCUACAGCCAAUACAGCCAAACAUUUUAUUAAUGAUUUAGAAUUGUUGUGACAAUAUAUAUAUAUAUAUAUAUAUAUAUAUAUAUAUAUAUAUAUAUAUAUAUAUAUAUAUAUAUAUAUAUAUACAGUAGGAAAAAUGAAAGAAUACCCAUGAACGAACAUAUAAAACACGCUGUAUUUUCCUGUCACCGUGUCACACAAAAAAUUGGCCAGCGCAAGUACAUGUAAUAAUUAUUGUUACAUGUACUUGCACUGGACAAUUUUCUUUGUGACACGGUGACAGGAAAAUGCAGCGUGUUUUAUAUGUUCGUUCAUGGGUAUUCUUUCAUUUUUCCGACUGUAUAUACAUGUAAUAACGUACUAUCAUGGCUGUUCUUUAAAUUCUUAGUAGAAGGAACACAAACCACACUUUUUAUAAGGUAAAAUAUUAUUUGUGUAAAAAAAUGUUCAGUAUAUCAAUCUGAAGUGAAUCUCAGUUCUCAAUGAGACUGGUACAGUGGCGUAGCGUGAGUGUCGGCUGCCCGGGGCGGAAGACAAUUUUGCCGCCCUCUUAUUUAGGUAUUUUAAUUUAAUGUAUACUAUACAUUACAUACAUUAAUUAUAGAGAAUUUUAGGCGAGAACAGUCAUCAUUAUUUUGAAUUAUACAGGUUAGAUUUUAAAUAAAAAGGUUAAUCUAAGCUUUAUAAUCACGUUUAUUAAUACAAAAAUUCUUUUACUUUAACCAAUUAGGUACAUUGAUAUAACUUAGGUACCUAUCACUUAAGAUUAGGUACCUACACCUUGACGAUCGGCAAUAUUAAAUAAAAUCAAUUUUUAAUUAGAACUAGAACUGUACUACAAUGUUAUAUUUUUAUUUUUAUUGAAAAGUAAUAUGAGUAUUUGUUAGAAUUAAAAACAAAACUUCCGUCUUCAAUUAAAAAUUGAUACGUCUACUUUUUUUAACAGCAAAGGCUUUUAUUGCACCGUCAAUGUCUAUCGCAUCACACACCUCUUGCUCAAUAGACAAAAUAGCCAAAUUAUUUAGUCUUAGAGUACUCAUUGUCGAUCUUAAAUCAUUUUUAAUCAAGUUCAAUUUUGAAAAACUUCUCUCACAUCUGGUAUUGCAUAUAGCAACUGUGAAAAAUAUUAGGAACAUUAUUAAAAUAUUUUGCAGAAUAUCUUCCAGCUUGGAUUUAACAAUAAAUUUAAAUAAUUCAAGUGUGUCUGCAUUAAUCAAUUUAAUUUUGUUGCCUGUAGCAGCAACGAAAGUCCGCAGUCGAACUCAUUCCAGCUUGAAAUCUUGCUCGUCAAUUUCGUCAGAUGCGUAGUCUAGAUUAUAUUCAGUGUUGUCUGGAUGUAAUAAUAUAGCCGGCGUUAGAUAAGCAAACUAUCCGUUAAAUUCUGUAGCUGUUGAAAACGCUCACGAAUUUCUACAAUAAGGGUAAGAACAGAACAAGUGGGUCGCGGUGGAGGUGGAGGUGGAGGUCGCGGUCGAUGUCGACAUCCAUGUAAAACAAACACAUUGUAGUGAAUGGAAGAGAACAUAGCAAGUAAGUCGCGGUGGAGGUUUAGCGCGAUGCCAUCCAGGAGGUUUACAUCGAUGCUUUUGAAAAUAAAAUGAGUUUGUUUUACAUGGAUGUCUACUGCGCGGCCUACAAGGAUGCUUCCCUGUGAUUGGUCCGUUCGAAGCCAAGUUGUCAUUACCUGCGCUAUCUGAGUUGAUACUUUUUAUAUAAUCCCUUUUUUGUUUUCAGUUUAUUUUUGAAUUUUUAAAGUAAUUAAAUUCAGUAAAUUUUUGAAAUAUGAAGGAAGGAACGAAGAUCUGAUUAUUUACAGCUGACAUUUCGUCACGAUCAUCACUUGACUGACACAACAUCGCAAAAGCACAGUUUUUUUGUUAUUCAAAUUUCAUUAAACUACUUCACUUGUAGGCCAGGGUAAUAAGACAAAAAUAUACCCUGUUCGUGACACUUCAGCAGCCAGGGUACUGAAGCGUUUUUUCGACAGGUAAUACCUAUAGGAACAAAUUAUAACUAUUUCCUGCGUGGGAUCUGGCGGCCAUUUUUAUUUAUAAACAAUUAACUGUCAAAAAAUGGCAUUUUCCCCUUUUUUUUCAAAUCAACGGAAAACAGUGAAACUUGUGAUUUUUUUGGUACAAAUAUCUUCGAGAUUAUGGAAAAAGCUUUAAAAUGACGUAUUACAAAGUUUGAUAUACUCAUUUAUUGUUAAUAUAAUUGCGAAAAAAGGUCGGAAUUGCAAAAAAAAGAUUUUCUCAAUAACUGUUGUAAAAAUUAGUGUACAGCUUUGAAAUUUUUGUCAAAUGAGGGUUCUUUGGUGCUUAAUAUGUGAUAAAAAUUUCAAAGCGAUUCAUUUAAUUGUUUAAAUUUUAUUCAAAUUGUUUAUCCCAGAGAGCAUUAUUUUGCAAUAACAUAAGUCAGAAAAAAAUGACCUUCGAACCAUUCCACAGGUGUCAAAUGAAAGAGCAUGAGCUACAUUUUCAACACGGUUUAAAAAAGUGAAUAAAAAAUGCAUUUAUUAGUAAUAAACAAUUAUGCAAAAGUAUCGUAAAUUUUUCUUUAUAAACUUUUUGAAUAACUUUUUCCAAAAAAAUUAACUUUUGUACCCUGUUUUAAGUGCAGAACUACCAAGUAAUGUUAUCUAUAUAAUUAUUGAUAAAAAAUUGUAAUAAAUAUGUAUAAUUUCUUAUAUAACAAAAUAAAAAGUGUAUAAGGAAAGAUUUACGAUACUUUUGCAUAAUUAUUUAUUACUAAUAAAUGCAUUUUUUAUUCACUUUUUUUAAACCAAGUUGAAAAUAUAGCUCCUGCUCUUUCAUUUGACACUUGUGGUGUGGAAUGGUUCUAACGUCAUUUUCUUCUGACUUAUGUUAUUGCAAAAAAAUGCUCUCUGGGAUAAACAAUUUAAAUAAAAUUUAAAAAAUUGAAUGAAUCGCUUUCAAAUUUUUAUCACAUAUUAAGCACCAAAGAACCCUUAUUUGACAAAAAUUUCAAAGCUGAACACUAAUUUUUACAACAGUUAUUGCGAAAAUAAUUUUUUUUUGCAAUUCCGACUUUUUAUCGCAAUUAUAUUAACAAUAAAUGAGUAUAUCAAACUUUGUAAUAUGUCAUUUUAAAGCUUUUUCCAUAAUCUCGAAGAUAUUUGUACUAAAAAAACCAUAAGUUUCCCUGUUUUCCACUGAUUUAAAAAAAAAAGUGAAAAAUGCCAUUUUUGACACUUAAUUGUUUAUAAAUAAAUAUUGGCCGCCAGAUCCUACGCAGGAAAUAGUUACAAUUUGCUCUUAUUGGCUCCGUGCGUAUCCCCUCUACUUACAGUCACGUGACACGCUGUCAGAUUUUGUAAGGACGUUUUAAGAUUGAGUCUUAUGGGAUUAUUUUGUUAAACUUGAAUAUUUUAUUGUGUAGUGAUAAUAACCGAAUACAAUUGUUAGAAUUCAUUAGUUAUUAAUUUAUACUGUAAUUUAUAGUGCAACAAAAAUAUUUUCUUUUUCGUUAAUAAAGAUUUAUUGACAUAAACUGCGAUAGUGAGGUUAUGUAUACAAAAUCAAACUGAUAAUCAAUAUUGGAAAGUGAAGAAUUUAUAUCAGAUUAAGGGCGUUUUUAUUUUCUGUUUAUAUUAAUACAUAAUAUCACUAGCAUGACACGGCAUUUUUUUUAAAUGUCUCAUUUAAACAUACAUAAGGCGUCCUGAUAAAAUUUCAAAAAACCGCCACCAUGAGCAGGUCGGUCGAUUUUGCUUUGACACUUGGAGCACUUGUUAACGCUUGUUAACGCUCGGAGCGAAAAGAUAUUACCUAUCGAAAAAACGCUUCAGUACCCUGGCUGUUCAAGUGUCAUGGAAAAAACCUUAUUACCCUGGACUAUUGAUAGUGGUUCUAGCUCGACUGACAUCGCAGGUGACCUGUGACCUCCUUGUUAUGUGCUGUCGACAUCGACCGCGACUUAACUAGUAGCAUCCACCGCGACCUACACCUCUACCUCGACCCACUUGUUCUGUUGUUACCCUAACUCUAUCCAACUAAGAAAACAGCUUUCGCUUCAAGUCAUUUUCACAAAACAAGUUAGCGUCUCUAGUUCCGUAAUCAAAAAUAUGCUUUCUUGUUAUGCGCCUCCGAGGUUUUAUGGAAAUUACAAGUUCUUCACACAUAUUUUUUGCAUAACCUACAGCGCCAUUUGCCCAUUCCUCUCUUUUCUCUGUCAAUAUCAUCUGCACAGCAUUUACUUUCUGAGCGCACAAUCUUAUGUCAAGUCCCCUUGUUUGUAAAUGUUUUUGUGCAUCAUUCACUUCAUGUAGCACCGGUUUACACAGGUCCAAAAAACAAAGAAAGGAAAAUGGCUGCAUCGAAAAAAAAAACAAUUAACUUAUAACAAAAUAAAUAUUUAUUCUUUUUAUAAGAAAACCAACUAACAUAACAAUAAUUCUAAAUAAUUCAAUUAAAAUUAAAGGCAUUAAAAAAACUCUAACCAAUUAAAUGUUUGAACAAUCCACUUUCUUGCAGUGAACAAAAACCUAAUUUAUCAUACAAUGAAAGUUUCAUUGCAUUCAGCUGAUCUGUCUGUACCUGACUGCAGAGUUGAACAAUUUUUUCUUGCAAUUCGUAUUAAAACAAUUAAGUGUUUUCUUUGUUCCACAUACUGAAUAACGUAUAGGGUAGUAAAAUAAUUGCCGAUGUAUGUAAUAGAAGUCAUUCUCGCUGAUUGUUAGGCAUAAACGAGGAAUUCCCACAAGUCAGUAUAGACGUUGUUGCCAGUUGCUACAAAAUAUCAUUCAAAGAAAAUUAAUUCCCUGAAUUCGUCACAAAAUAAGUAUGUAAUGAAAAAUUCCGUACUCCUUUCAAUCGCUCCGAAUUUGUAGUUGCGAUAAAAAUAGGUUUGUUCGUAGUACGAUCCAAUCGAUCAGCAACCGUUGCCAACCAUCAGACGCAUGCGCAGUUAACAGUUAGCGCUGCGCAGUUAACAGUUCGAGUUCGUAGACUACGAACGCGCUUGCGUCUGACGGUUGGCAACGGUUGCUGAUCGUUCUACGAACAAACCUAAUAUAAAAUGGUUCAAAUAUUUACAAAAUACACUAAGCAUCAAAAUUAACGCACCACCUUAAAAAUGGGACAUUUUUAAUGUCUCGUAUUUCCUAAACCUGUUGUCCGAUUUUAGUGAUUUUUUUAGUAUAUCUUUAUUCUUCAAGAAUAUCCCUGUAAUAAUAUUAUUGCUAAACAGGUAAGUGUCAUUGUAUACCGGAUGUAAAAAUGAUAGUGUGUUUUUUCCUCAAAGUUUGGAACACCCUGUAUAAUAUUCUAGAGUAUAUAAAAUAUGGAAAUUAAAACUCAACUGUAGCCUUAGGCUUUCUUAACAUUUUUCUUUUCGAUUCAUUUGCUUAUGUGAGAUAAUAAAAAAGUUAGGUUAUUUAACAACUAGCCAUGUUAUUCAUCAAUACAGGGUGUUUCUAAAUAAGUGCGACAAACUUUAAGGAGUAAUUCUGCAUGAAAAGAUAAUGACCUUUUGCUUUAUAAACAUAUGUCCACAAAUGCUUCGUUUCCGAGAUACGGGAUGUUGAAUUUUUUCUUACAAACUGACGAUUUAUUUAUUGCUCUAAAACCGGUUGAGAUAUGCAAAUGACAUUUGGAGGUUUUAAGAGGUAGUUAUUGCGUAUUUUUUGACAUACAAAUAAGAAUUUUAUAUUCACCAUUGGCGUGCAUACGGGAAAAUUCUUAAUUGUAUGUCAAAAAAUGCGUAAUAACUACCUCUUAAAACGUACCAAAUUUCAGUUGCAUAUCUCAACUAGUUUUAGAGCAAUAAAUAAAUCCUCAGUUUGUAAGAAAAAAAUGCAACAUCCCGUAUCUCGGAAACAAAGCAUUUGCGGACAUAUGUUUAUAAAGCAAACGGUCAUUAUUUUUUCAUGCAGAAUUACCCCUUAAAGUUUGUCGCACUUAUUUAGAAACACCCUGUAUUGAUGAAUAACAUUGCUAGUUGUUAAAGUACGUAACUUUUUUAUUAUCCAACAUAAGCGAAUGAAUCGAAAAGCAAAAUGUUAAGAAAGCCUAAGGCUACAGUUGAGUUUUAAUUUCAAUAUUUUAUACAGGGUGUUAGUAAAUAAUAAUGAAAAAUUUUAAGGGCUAAUUCUACAUGAAAAAUUAAUACCAGUUUGCUCUAUAAACAUAUGUCCGCAAAUGUUUAGUUUCUGAGAUACGGGGUGUUGAAAUUUUUAUUCCAAACUGCCAAUUUAUUUAUUUCUCUAAGACCAGUUGAGCUAUGAAAAUGAAAUUUGGUGAGUUUUAGGAGGUAGUUAUUACGAAUUUUUUGACAUACAAUUUAGAAUUUUGUAUUCAUCAUUGGCGCGCCUACGGGCAAUGGUCUAAAUUUUUUUAAAGAAAAAAAUAGUACGCCACUGAGAUAUUUCGAAUUAAAAAUUAUUUUUAAAUUCCACCUCUAAUUUAUGACAAAAAACCUUUCUUGUCUUUUUUUCAUAUGAUGCACCGUUUUUAUUCAGAAAAAUAAAACAUCUUGGCGCGAAUUUUUCAUUUCUUAAUACAUCAUCAAGAACUAUCCAAUAUAAUAAUAUUAAACUAGAACAAUAACAGAAAAUAUUACUAAUAAGAUUUCAACUAGGUGCAAAGCUGCAAGAAAUGUUUAAAAUGAUCUCCUUUACAGAUAACAGAAGAAUUUUAUAUUCAUCAUUGGCGCGCGUACGGGUAAUGGUCUGAAUUUUUUGAAGAAAAAAAUAGUACGCCCGUGAGAUAUGUCAAAUUAAAAAUCAUUUUUGAAUUCCUUGUUCAAUUUACGACAAAAAAUCUUUCUUUCCUUUUUUUCAUACGAGGCGCCGUUUUUAUACAAAAAAAUAAAACAUCUUAACGCUUACCAAGUAUUUGAGGUAGUUUCCAUAUGCAUAGAAACUCGGUUCAAAUACUUUGUAAACGUUAAGAUGUUUAAUUUUUUUGCAUAAAAACGGCGCCGCAUAUGAAAAAAAGGCAAGAAAGAUUUUUUGUCGUCAAUUGAACGAGGAAUUCAAAAAUGAUUUUUAGUUUGACAUAUCUCAGUGGCGUACUAUUUUUUUCUUCAAAAAAUUCAGACCAUUACCCGUACGCGCGCCAAUGAUGAAUAUAAAAUUCUUCUGUUACCUGUAAAGGAGAUCAUUUUAAACAUUUCUUGUAGCUUUGCACCUAGUUGAAAUGGUAUUAGUAAUAUUUUCUGUUAUUGUUCUAGUUUAGUAUUACUAUAUUGGAUAGUUCUUGAUGAUGUAUUAAGAAAUGAAAAAUAUGCGCCAAGAUGUUUUAUUUUUCUGCAUAAAAACGGUGCAUCAUAUGAAAAAAAAGGUAAGAAAGGUUUUUUAUCAUAAAUUAGAGGUGAAAUUUAAAAAUAAUUUUUAAUUCGAAAUAUCUCAGUGGCGUACUAUUUUUUUCUUUAAAAAAAUUCAGACCAUUGCCCGUAGGCGCGCCAAUGAUGAAUACAAAAUUCUUAAUUGUAUGUCAUAAAAUUCGUAAUAACUACCUCCUAAAACUCACCAAAUUUCAUUUUCAUAUCUCAACUGGUCUUAGAGAAAUAAAUAAAUUGGCAGUUUGAAAUAAAAAUUUCAACACCCCGUAUCUCCGAAACUAAUCAUUUGCAGACAUAUGUUUAUAGAGCAAACUGGCAUUAAUUUUUCAUGUAGAAUUAGCCCUUAAAAUUUUUCAUACUUAUUUACUAACACCUUGUAUACGCUAGAAUAUUCCACACGGUGUUCCAAACUGUGAGGAAAAAACACACUAUCAUUGUUACACCCGGUAUACAAUGACACUUACCUCUAUCUCAAAUACGAGACAUCAAAAAUGUCCCUUUUAAGCAUAGGCGUAACCAGGGGGUGGUUUUGAGGGUUAUAACCCCCCCUUUUGGAUGUACUUUGAGCUCUAUACGCUUAACACCAUUAUUAUUCCAUACCCCCAGAGACCUACAAGUAGAUGUAACCCCCCUUAGGAUCAUCCUGGUUACACCUCUGUUUUUAAGGUGGUGCGUUAAUUUUGAUGCUUAGUGUAUUUUUAUUAUUUAUGGUUCAAUUUAUGGCGGGCAGUCGGUGGCAGGCAGCCCCUGCCGCCCCCACUACGCUACGCCACUGGACUGGUAGCAAAUAUACCCCAGGAAACGAAGCCGAAAAAGCACUUGAAAAAUCUAUAAGUUACUGAGCACUAUUUUUGAACUGGAAUAUCUAAGGGGAAGUCACCCCAAGGUACGCCUUUUCCAUUGACUCCCCAAGAUAUUCCAGUUGAAAAAUAGCGCCCAGUAAUUUUUCGAUUUUUAAAUACUUCGUUUUCUGGGAUAAUAGUAAUAAUUCCAGACCAUGGCCUAGAAUCCUAAAAAUAAUGUAUUACAAUAGUCGCCAAGGUCUACACACACUUCUUGAUUUUACCUGCACUUUUCGCCUCUUAUACCUUUAUUCUCAGAUCCAAGCUGUUAUUAGUAUUCUCAAUAAUAAAUUAAGUCUUUGUUAAUGUAUAACUUUUAAAUUGGUCACGUACUAAUAAUACUAAGAAGUUGCAGAAUAAGUCUCGUAAGAAUAAACAGAGUGUGUUACCUGACAAUAUAAAACAACGUACUGACUCGUUUACUUGAAAAUCUCUUUAGCAUAAUUUUUAUAUAUUUUAUUGUUGCAGGGCGUUAGCAAGUAUAAUUUAUAGUAAUCGUCAUAUCUUGACAACCCCUGCAUUGUUUUUAUCGACAAGAUGUGAUAGAAUAAACAUUAGUAACGUAAUUAAUAAUUACUCAGCUCAAUAACGAACUAUUAGUGAUUUUAUUUAGAUUGUUUAAGACUUUUAUAUAGUAAAAAUAUACAUUCCUCAUCACAUCCAGCGAAGGGCAGUGCCUGUGAGUGUAUACCAAAAUAUAUUAUUUUAAUUAUUGUAAAUGUAAUUUGUUGCGGAUACUGCCCUUAUUGAUAUAUUUUAAAAUUCUCAGCAAUUUAUCCACUGAAUGACUGGGCAUGUUUUUAUUUUUAUUAAUUAAUGUAUAUUUUAGAAAUAUUUAUAUUGUAAAUAUAGUAGUAUAUGUGUACUUAUAAAUUGUUAAUAUUAGCAUAUCAGAUAUUAUUAAAUGGAGUCCUUAUCCUUUA